UUUUUAAUUUUGUGCAACAAAAUUUAAGUAUGUAACUACCUAGAAAUCGAAGAUUAUUUAUUUUUGAAAUUUUGUAUUAUAAUAAAACAUAUUGAACAAAAACAGCUAAUUUCAAAUUUACAUGACUGAACGACAAGUUAAUCCUUGGAUAACAUGACUGAUGAAACUCAUAGCAGAAAACAUUGGGAAACGAUUCAAAAUUAUGGAGCGAUUCCACGAAUUCAAUCUAAUGUUUCAACUCCUGUUUCUGACGACUACACACGACUUAGAGAUGCUUGCGAAAAUGUACUAAAAUUAAAUAGGUUCAAUGUAGAAAACCAAAAUCACGAAUUAUUCAAUCAAUCUUCUAACUCCAAUUUGACUUAUUCAACAUCUGUUCAGCCUAACUCUAAUUACAACAUUCAAAGAGAGUUUAAUGAAAAAAAUAGAAACAACAAUGCCAUUAGUCAGAAUGAAGAUUCUGAAUCAUCAGAAAAUUUUCUAAAUGCAUCAUCAAUGUAUUCAUCAAAUCCAAUUUUGGAACUUGUUGGUAAAUGGACACCCGGAACAAGUAUUUAUGGAAAUUGCUUCAAAAUUAAUAAUUGCGAUUUAAAUGAAAAUCAUGCAAAUCAAAGACAAUACAACGAACAAAAUAAAGCUACUACAAAUGAUCCAAUAAAUAUAGGUUCCAUUACACAAGUAAAAAAGAAACAAAGAAUCGUAGCAGAGGUAAAACCGAUGAGAAUGUCUUAUUCAGAUGUAUUGAGUAAAAAUGUCUUACCUAGGGAAGAAUCGGAAAACACAAAGCUCGACAAUAAUUUUACUUCAAACAACAUUUCUCAUGCUUGUACUAAGAAAAAAAUCAGCCGAUUAUCUGUUCCAUUUGAGAAAAAAACGCCAAUAAGCAUAGUUUAUGAUGAAAAACCACGUAAAAGUCAAAACGUGAUAAUUAACACCGAAAAAGUUAAUAGUAAACAUUUGAAUGGUCGAAAAUCUUGUAGUUUUACGGAAAAAAACACAAAAGAAAAACGAAAAACAAACAAUAAUAAUUGUAUGGACAGCAAAAUAAAAAGCAAAUACAAAAAAAGCGAUAAACAUAAAAAAAUACCCAGUUUAUUUGAAACAUCCCCGAAUGUUGAGCAUAUAGAUUAUGAAGACUUUCAUAUAUCAGAUGAAAUUAACCAAAAUGAAUAUAUUCAGACUACAUCGUACGACAAAGCUUCAAAAUGUCAUAAAAAAAAUAAAAUAGCGCCACGUUCUUCAUCGAAACAAGAUAAGUUCAAUCUAAAGCGAACUCAAAAAAAUCAUAAAUCUCAAAAGAAUCGUAGCGAAAUGCUCGAAAAACUUUAUUUUACGUGGAUCGAGUAUACAACAAAAUUUGGACUAUGGCUUUGGUCUUUAAUCAUUGAUGUGGUAUUUAUGAGCUUUGGUAUAGUGUGGGAUAAAGUUUUGAAUUUGUAUAAUCAUAUCAAAAAAAUUAAUAAAACCAUGUGCAUUGGAAAUCGCCCAACUAAAUGGUUAAAAACUUUUUGGAUAAAGUUACAUGUAAAGUUUCGAAGAUUUACAUUUCGAUCAAAUACAUUGGGAAAGAAACAGAAAGAAAAUCUUAUAGACCAUUACAGAGAUGGAAAGCUUCCCACAAAUGCGGAAGAAGCAAUGUAUUCUCUUUUAAAUUGCAAAGAAAAAGAUGCUUAUAGUAUUCUUGGAGUAACACAAGAUUGUCCGCAAGAACGAAUAAGGAAACACUUCCACAAAAUAGCAUUGCUUGUACAUCCUGAUAAAAAUAAGCAAAUAGGUUCUGAAGAAGCGUUUAAAGUGUUGCAACGGUCGUUCGAGCUCAUAGGAGAACCGGAAAGUCGAAAACAAUAUGAUUUAAGUUUGGCUGAAGCACUGAACGCCGAAAAAGCUUGGUCAGAGUUGAAUGAUCUAUUGAAACAGCUUCAUACAAAAAUUUCUGAAGCGGCGAAUACAAUUCGGUGUAGCAGUUGUUAUAGUCGACAUCCUAGAAAGCCAACCGGUCGUCCUCAUUAUGCAGCUCGAGAAUGCAAUUCAUGUCGAAUAAGGCACUCGGCUAGAGAAGGUGACAUAUGGGCUGAAACAACGUUUUUGGGCUUACGUUGGAAAUAUUUAGCUUUAAUGGAAGGAAAGGUAUUCGACAUAACCGAAUGGGCUAAUUGCUCUGGACAGAAAGGAGCGCUAUCUCAUCUACAACCGAAUUCGCAUAUUGUUCAAUAUAGAAUAAUUUUAAAUUCUCAACAACAGCAACAACAACAACAAGUUCAGCACGAAAAGGAAAAGAUUAACAAAAAAGAACAGUUUGCUAGUGAACCUACUUUUGAUGAUAUAUUGGCAAAUGUUUAUGGUGGGCAGAAAAAGGGACCUGUCACACGACGUAAACACAAAAAAUAAGAUUAAAUCUUCUUGUCUAAAUAACUUGUAGUUAAACUUUAAAUUUAAAAGAAUAAUUGAACAACAAAAAUAAAUAUAAA